AUGAAGAUUCCUCCUGCUGCAGCGGCGUGGCUCGCGCUCGACACCGCCUACGCCAUCCCAUCCCGAACCAGACCCGACGUCGUCUCCUACGACAUCGCUCUGCCGCACGGCCUCGUCGUCCGCGAAGAGGGCUGCGACGUGAUCAAUACCGUCCUCUCCACCAUCGGCACAAGCAGCUCCCGCGUCGUCUACGCCAGCACUGCCGGCCUCAGCGCCUUCGGCGUCUGCCGCAUCCUGCGCGACCACGGCAUCGGCGGCAUCGGCACCAACGACUGCUCCAGCAUCGCCCUGAUCGUCGGCCCGGUCGUGCUGUCCAUCUUUGUCGCGACGGGGAGCGGGGCCGAUCCUGCCCCUACCCAAGACACGGAGAAGCGAUCCUCGCCGCUGCUGCUCGCCGACCACGUCCACAGCACUUUCGCGGGGCUCGGCUUCGAGCAUGACGGCGUCUCUUCCGUGCCCCUCGCACCGCACGACGCCUCCUCCACCCACCUUCCCAUGCUGGACCAUGCCCACGUCAAGAACUUCAGACACGGCAACCACACCGUCGACCUCCACUACGCCGACUUCGGCUCCGGCAACGGCCACGUGCGCAUCUCUCCUCCCUCCACCUCCUUCUCAUCCACCAACCCCGAACACAGCAAGCGCCAAGGCCACGACGGACCCGGGUUCAAAAUCUCCUUCACCUCGCGCCAGCCGUCCUUGCUGACACAGGACCACAUGUCGCAGGCCUCGUACGCCAUCGCGGACGACUGGGCCGACCGCGCGGACCGGAACGAUCCGGAGAACAUGGCGGAUUACAUCGGGUUCCAGGAGACCGACGACACGGCGAACUUCUACUAUCGGAUCAUUCCGGAGGGUGAUGGGUACGGGCUGGAGUAUGAGAGUGUCGAUGUUUGUGGCGGGAUGGGGGGGUAUCUGUGA